AACAGCAUCUGCACUAGAAAACGCUAGACAUUUUAACGAGGUCCAAAAGACGAAUCAGUGAGGACAACUUCGGAAACGCACGGAGUAAAUGGGCUUGUUUUUACUUGUAGGAAUAAGAAACGGAACAUACCCGGCUAAAUAUUUGGCUUUUUCCUGGACGAUUUCAAGAGAUGAGCAACUUAAGCACUUCUGUGGCAUCUUCACAAAGCGCGCAAGGAGAACCAGCGGGUCGCAUAUUGCUGGGUUUUGCGCUCUCUCUACUAGUGCUAUGGACUCUGUUGGGGAAUCUCACGGUGUGCGCCGCCGUUUUGCGCUUUCGUCACCUGAGAGGUAAAGUGACCAACGUCUUCAUCGUGUCUCUGGCCAUGUCAGACCUUCUCGUGGCUGUUCUGGUGAUGCCGUGGAAAGCCGCCACGGAAGUGUCGGGACACUGGCCGUUCGGGUCUUUCUGCGAGUGCUGGGUGGCUUUUGACAUCAUGUGCUCCACAGCCUCCAUCCUCAACCUGUGCGUAAUAAGCGUGGAUAGAUACUGGGCCAUUUCCAACCCGUUUCAGUACGAGAGGAAAAUGAACCGUAAGGUCGCCCUCGUGAUUGUCAGUGUAAUGUGGAUCGUGUCGGUGACCAUUUCAUUCGUGCCCGUGAAGCUCAACUGGCAUCGCGCGGACCUGGGCACGUUUUCCGGCAACGCAAGCACCAAAGAAACAUGCGACUCGAGCCUGAGCAGAACUUAUGCCGUAUCAUCCUCCCUAAUAAGUUUUUACAUCCCCGUUGCGGUGAUGGUGGUGACAUACACGCGGAUCUAUCGCAUCGCUCAGGUUCAGAUCAAGAAGAUCUCAUCCUUGGAGCGCGCAGCGGACCGCGCAGCAGAUCGCGCGCUCAGUUUCGGGACAAGUACGCACGCAUGUCCUCACCAUCAUCGUGCGAUAAGAGAAACCAAACUUUUUAAAACCCUGUCUGUGAUCAUGGGGGUCUUUGUGUGCUGUUGGUUCCCGUUUUUUGUCUUAAAUUGCGCGGUUCCUUUCUGCCAGGAGCCGAACUGUGUGAGCGAGGAAACUUUUAACGUGUUCGUAUGGUUUGGGUGGUGCAACUCAUCGCUCAACCCGAUCAUCUAUGCGUUCAAUUAUGAUUUUAGGGAUGCCUUUGCACGACUUCUGUGCUGUCGUGACGCGUGCGCCAAGGCUAUUCAGAGCAAGGAUCCGGUUUCCAGUAAUAAUGUGGCCAGUUCUGUUAAUAAUACAUCUGUGGAAGUCAGAUAUGUCAAUUUAGUGCCUGUUGAGGCCAACAGGAUGCCCAAUGAAAUGCACGGUCCUUUAAUGGAGCUACAAAUGUUUAAAAAUGACAGUAGGGUUGAUCAACCUACUAAAGAUAAUGCAAUACGCACAUUGGAAUGACCUUAGGGUUAGGCCAAUAAUGUUUGUUUACACAUUUAGUGUUUGCACAUGUUUAAAGAUGAUUAUUUAGGUCAAACGCAAAGAUCAGGUUAACCCAACAGUAGCCACAGACCGGUUGCCAAAGAGCUUGAAAAGUCCAUAGGCUAUUGUUUUCCAUUAGGUACUAGUGCACAGUUAUUUCCUCUCUUAUAAAUAAUUAGUUGGGUGGAAUCUCCACUCAGAAUAGCCUGUUACAUUUCAGUGUGCAAGAGGAUUGGGACUCCAGAUUUAGUUUGACGUGUGAAAGUGCAUCAUUGUCUAUAUGAGGUAAUUUAGUGGUUGAAGAACAUGGUUUUAUAAAGUGAAAGAGUACAUAAAGUCUGG